GUGGGAGCGGGAGCCGCGUCCCCGCCCAGAGGCCCGGCCGCCCCGGAGCCCGAGGCCGCCUCACAAAAUGGCGGAGGCGGCGGCGGGGACGCGGCGGCCUCCUCGGGCCGGGCUCGGGCCCGCGGCCUGGGCUUGAGCCUGGGGCUCGGCCGUGGUCUCGGCUCGGAGCCCGAGGCGGGCGGCGCGGCGGCGACGGUAACGGCGGUCCUAGCCCUGGCCCGCGGCCCCGAGGAGCUGCCCGUUAGGAGGAACUUCCAGAUCCCCAGGAAGAGCCGGGAAAAAAAAGCACUUUUUCAGCCAGUAACUUCAGGCACCCGAGAGUUUGAAGAUAUUCUAAAAAUUCUACAUUCAUCUUACCUUGAGCCGGGAUCAGUGGCUAAUUUUAACUAUAGACGAGCUAGUUUGGUUCAUAAUGAACUUUUGGAAAAAGAGUUCACAGAGAAACGGAGAGAACUGAGAUUUGAUGGUCGUUCAGAUAAAGAACUUGCAGAAUCCUAUGCAUUUCUGAUGGUUGAUAGGCCUCAGGUGCAAGGCAUAUGUGAAAAAGGCUUACAGGUGGGCCAGUCCAAAAUAACAAUUCUUGGCAGCCCUUCCAUGGGUAUCUAUCUUUCCAGGUAUGCUGAUUUAUUACAGGCUAAUCCUUUGGAAGCUGGGGCAACGGGUGAUGUUAUUAUUUUUAAAAUAAUAAAGGGAAAAAUGAAAAGCAUAUAUGAUCCCAUGGGUGUUAAAAAUACAGAAAAUGCAGCAAAUAAAAAUUCUUUGGAUCCAACACCAAAACACGAGUGUCAUGUGUCAAAGAAUGCAAAUAGAAUUACUUCCCUGUUGGCUUACAGGGCCUUCGAGCUUACUCAGUAUUACUUUUAUGAAUAUGGCUUUGAUGAGCUAAGGCGAAGACCAAGACAUGUAUGUCCAUAUGCUGUUGUAUCUUUUGCUUAUAAAGAUGAUGUCCCCACUCCCAAGUUUUUAACUUCAUCAAGGUCUAAUAGCUUUAAUGUAGAGAGGAGCACAGGUUCAGAUAAGACGGAUUACACCUUAUGGAGAGGAGAGCUUUUAAACAAAGGAAAACUUCUAUGUUGUGCUUCCUUGAAGUCGGCUACCCUACCUUUCCUUCCCUUUAAACUUCCUGAGAAGUUAGAUGUCGAAACUGUUAUGAGCAUUGACCAUCUGAAGCAGAAAAUUCCUCCAGCCCUUUUUUAUAAGGAAACAUACUUAGGUGCAAAGGAAGUAUUGAAGAAUGGAAUGUAUUGCAGCCUUUAUGAAGUUAUAGAAAAGACAAGAACUGGAAGUAACUUGGAGAGUUUAAUACAAAGACUAGAGCGAGAAAAACUAGUUCUUGUUAAGCCUUUAGGAGACCGAGGAUACCUUUUCCUUCUCUCGCCAUGGCAGAUGGCUUCACCGUAUGAGCAUCAGACUGCCAAGACAAGAAUUUUACAUGCCCUGUUUCUAUUUCAGGAGCCUAGAGGAGUAGUGAGUUCACAGAAAGCGUUACCUAAAGUAGUAACACAGGAACGUCAUGAGACCACCCUUGAAAACAUACCAGGAAUCAUGAAAUUAAUUCCAUCCAUACAUUUUGCCUUAAUUCAAUGUCGUAAAGAUUUAAAUUUUAUCAAUACUACCACUUUCAGUACUGUUGUUGAAAAGCAUAUAAGUGAAUAUUUUAGGCGAGGUUUUGGGUUAGGUAGACGUAGAGAAUUUGUCAUGUAUCCAUAUGACCCACGCUUAGAUGAUAGAAAAUUCUUAUAUUCGGCUCCAAAAAACAAGUCACAUGUUGACAGUUCCUUGCACAACUAUAUUUUCCAGUCUGAAACAUAUCAAUUACCAGUUUGUAAAGUUAAGGAACUGAUGGAAGAAAAUAGGAAAGUUCAUCAGUUUAGUCCAAUUUCCGAUUAUGAAGGGCCUGAAGAAGAAGUGGACUUUUUAAAACUCAAACUUCGAAAGAGAAAUAAUAGCUCCAAGAAUGACACUGUCACAAUUGGAAAGAAAUGGAAGCCGUCUAAUUCUUGGGACUAUGAUCAGGACAGGCUUAAAGAACUGAUUAAUUUAAUUCAGUGUAGGAAAAAAAAUGUAGGUGGGGAGUCUGAUACAGAAGACAGUAGAGACAAAACUGGUCUGAAAAGGAAGCCGGGGAAUCAUCCUGGAAAUCUGAGGAAGCACCGAAAAGUCAGCGAUUCUUCUGAAAAUAGCAAUUUAUGUGAAGCUUCUCCACAUUCUGUUUUCUCACUUAUCAGUGGAUUUGGUGGACACGAUACUGAUUUGAGACAGCAAGAUAGUUCUGACUCUGGCAUUACUGACACUCGGGCCCUGAUUAAGUUGCUUUUAGAAACUCUAACUAGUUCAAGAAAUUUGGAUCCAACGUUGGCUUAUUCUGUCAAUCAAGCCUUAGGAAACAUGGAUGAAACUAGGGAUGAUCUAAGGUCAAAGCAGGAGUAUGAAUUAAUUUCUGCACAGAACAAGGAAGAAUAUGAGCAGCCAAGUUGUACAAAAGUAGAAAAUAUAAAUUGUAAAGAACCCAAAAGUCCGAUUGUCUUAGAAGCUGAUGCCUCUUCUUUAAAGUAUCCCAUUGAUGUUGACCUAAGAGUCUCCUCUAGUGAAGUUGGCUCUGACUCCAAGCUCCAUUUCAAAGAAGAUCCAAAAAGUAGUAGUAUGAAUAAUUUUGAUCAUUACAACUUGGGUACUACCGCAUCUGUUGAACAUGGCAGCCGUAAACAUCACUCUCACUCACGUAAUGCCAUGGAGGGUGGAAUGCAUUGGAAACUAAUUCCAAUUACAGGAGGGAAUGCAAGAAGUCCAGAAGAUCAACUUGGGGAGCAUGAGGAUAACCAGACACCAGGUAUGAAAUCCCUGGAAGAACAGCUGGUGUGUCUACCACCGGAGGAUGCCUUUCCUAACGAUCCCCGGGUAAUAAAUAGGCAGAAGAGCUCUGAUGACCAGUGUCCAUACUCUUCAUUUUCAGACACAGUAAAGGGAAAACCAGAAAAUAGAACACUCACAAGUCAGGGGAUGAAAAUGGAGGAGCAGUGUGUGCUAGCCACAGAGAAUCCUUUGGCAGCCACACAUGCAUUGAGUGGAACCACAGAAAAUACAAUGUUAGAAGAAUAUAAUUUAUUUUCAAGGAAAAUAGAAGAGAUUUUGAAACAAAAAAACAUUUCAUAUGUCAGUCGAAUUUCUACACCUUCCUUCUCAGCACAAGAAAAAAUAACUAGACUUUCUGCAUAUGUAUGUUCUGAAGCCUCUGAAAUUAGUAUUCAGGACUUUGUAAAUGGCUUACAUGAAAAAUUGAACAUUAUCAUUGCCAAAACGUUAUCCUGUGGCCGGCACACACCUACAAUUUGUAUUAGUCCUGAAGAUAGUUGUACAAAGGUAGGGUUGAAUAUUCCAACAAGUCAGGCUACACAAGUUUCUUCAAGUGACUUCAACACUGAACGAGGACCAGAAUCUCACCGUCAUCAUUCUAUGCAGAAAGAGACCGACUCUCAUGAGCAGCCUUCUUCGACCACGUUGGGUUUGACUGAAGUAGAAAUGGAUCAAGUUCACCAGGUUCCAGAACCCAUACGGACGCCUGACCAAACUACUUCUAAUGAGGGUACCCUGGAAUCAAUGGAAAAAGAAAUUUCCAAAGCACCCAAUGAUAUAAACAUUUCCACUCAGCCAUCUUUGUCAAAUUUUAUUAGCCAGUUAGAGCCAGAAGUGUUUAACAGCUUGGUAAAAAUCAUGAAAGAUGUCCAGAAAAAUACCGUGAAAUUCUAUAUUCAUGAAGAAGAAGAAAGUAUGCUUUGCAAAGAAAUAAAGGAAUACCUUAUCAAAUUAGGCAAUACAGAAUGUCAUCCAGAGCAGUUUUUGGAAAGAAGAUCAACAUUAGAUAAACUAUUGAUCAUUAUUCAAAAUGAAGAUAUUGCAAGUUUCAUUCACAAGGUUCCUGGCUUAGUGACUUUGAAGAGACUCUCCUGUGUUAGUUUUGCUGGAGUUGAUAGCUUAGAUGAUGUUAAAAACCACACAUACAAUGAACUUUUUGUUUCUGGAGGUUUUAUUGUGUCUGAUGAAUCUGUUCUAAAUCCAGAAGCGAUAACAGUUGAAAAAUUAAAACGGUUCUUGGGCUUUCUUGAAGAAUUAAAUACUCCAGAUGGCAAAUGGCAAUGGAAAAUCCAUUGUAAAAUUCAGAAAAAGCUCAAAGAAGUGGGCAGAUUGAAUGCUAAAGCUCUAAAUGUCUUGACGCUUUUGAAUGUCUAUCAAAAAAAACAUUUGGUUGAAAUUCUGUCAUACCACAACUGUGACUCUCAAACUCGAAAUGCUCCUGAAUUGGAUUGUCUUAUCAGACUGCAGGCUCAGAAUAUACAGCAACGACAUGUUGUCUUUUUAACAGAAAAGAAUGUCAAAAUGCUUUCCAGUUACACAGAUAAUGGAAUCGUGGUUGCAACGGCUGAAGAUUUCAUGCAAAACUUUCAGAGUCUCGUGGGCUAUCACAAUUCAGUAACAGAAGAAAAGCUUCUCCACCUCAGUGCUCCCGAAAGUGUUGAGAGACCGCCAGCUCUUUUAGAAAGUGAUGAAAAGGACGAAGAGGAUAUGUCUCUGGAUUCAGGGGAUGAAACUUCACAAAUAGAAGUGUGCAGCAGUUCUCAUUCAGAAAUAUUGGAAAUAGAGACCAAAGGAUCACGUGGAACAGAUCAAAAAGAGAUUUCUCAAACUCAGUUGCAGCCAUCUACUGACAGGCAGAGAAGUUUGUUAGAAAUUAAGACUUGUGACCUUGGUGCAGAAGAGGGGCAGCCCGUUGGGGUGGCUGCGGCGGCAGGCCCAGACGGAGAGACUAGCAAGUCCGUGGAAGCAGCUGCCUUCGAUGACUUUCAGGUUUAUCACAGUAGACAGUUGAGCAUGUCCCAUCAGUUCAGUCAUUUUAAUGUUCUCACUCAUCAGACGUUUUUGGGAACACCAUAUACUCUUUCAACUAGUCAGACUCAAGAAGGUGGAAAUUUUUUUCUGUCUGCUUAUAGUCAAGGCUUGGAAACAGCUAAGUCUUCAUCUCCAGAUAGUUGGGAUGUAAAUGAUUCUCCUAGGCCAUAUUCAAAACAGAAAUAAAUACAAUAACUUUUUUUUAAUAGGUCUUUGUGAACUUUUUCCGCUUCUUAAAGUGAAUUAACAAUUUAUUUUUUAUUCUCUAAACAAAGUGUUUGUCCUUUCUCAAAUGUUUUCCUGUCUUAUUUAAAUCAUGAUGGCCUGUAACAGUUGAAGCAUCUGCAAACUGAAAUAAAAAAAAUACAUACAUACAUACACAUAUAUAUAUGUGUGUAAUAUAUAUAUAUACACACAUAUAUAUAUAUAAUACACAUAUAUAUAUUUUUAACACAUAUUGUAGUUGAAUUAUCUCAUGUGUUGACACUUAAGUUUGUACAUUUGUAUUUGACCUGUACUUGGACUUCUGAGUGAAGUCUCUCAAUGUAAAUUGAAUGAGUGUUGGCUUUCCUUUUUUUCCUCCCGUAAUGUAAUAUCAGACUAUACAAACCACUUUUUCCUAAAUGAUAUCAGUUAUUGUAUUUAUUUGGUUCUAAUUUUUGUACAGCAUUUUUACAUAUAAAGUUAAGCCCCAGUAAUUAAUAAUACAUAUUAGGUGAAAUACAAUUGGAGGUCAACUAACAGCGCAGAUGCAUUCCAAAAGGUUUCGUCUUUUUAGGUUAUGCAAUGUGAAAGUCAUCUUUUGUUUAAAAGUCCUGAAUGUUCAAACAACAAUUUAAGAGUAUUUGGGAUUCCUUUUUAGUUGCAUCAUGGAGUGUUUGCUUUUCAGGACAGUUUUGUACAGUUUGUCGUCAGGAAGGUGAAUUUUCUCUGGUUGUAAGCCUACCUAAUAAAAUUUCACCUUCUGUUGGCCCUCUCAGACUUAACUACUUUGAAAAAUAAAACUCGAAUUAAAAUUCAUUAGUUCUUGUAAAAGGAAAUGUGCAUUUCUGUUUGUUUUGUAUUAGUAGUGGAUCAAUCACAUGGUAACCUGAGCUUUAGGCCUAGUAACUCUCCAAUCCCCUUCUGUCCCAUUAAAGUAAAGAUAUUAAAGGGUUCUUCUAAUACUAAUUUUAUCCAGCUCACAGGGGAAGGAAUUAUAGUCAUUCAACUUUCAACCUGAGAUUUUACAUUCAUAUGAGUAUUCCCUGUAACAAAAAACUUACCACUUGGGGACAAACAUCUUAUUGUAGUUGACUAGAAUUGGCUGUCAGAUGACUCACAAUUGGACCAGGCCCUGUUGUGUUAGAUUUCUUGGGCAUGGUUUUUAAGUGUUUAGAGCCAUCUUUGUAAUUGUACAUUUUAUGUUGUCUUAUAAGAUAACAGAAUAGGACGAGUAAUAAAAUUAUUUGACCCUAAUUUUUUAAUGAAGCUUUUUUUUUUUUUUUUCUUUUUUUUUUGCUUUUUGGUUAUUUCCUCCCCAUAGUCCAUAAUUAUGGCUGAAAAUACAGCCAGAAUAAUUCUAUUUUUCAUUUUAUCUUAUCUAAUCUAUGUCUAGCUAUCUAAGCUCUAAAUGAAAAUUUGUGAAUAGUGUGAAUAUACAGUGGGUAUUAAACAGGAAUUAAACAACAACAGAACCAUCAUUUAUUAGUGCUGUGGUCAUGUAAUCAGUAAACUUUUCAAUCCGUCAAAUGCAUGAUUUACACAGAAAAAGUGUUGUGAAGUACUUUGUUAAUACCAGUAAAACUUCAGACCAUAUUAAGGUAAGUGUAAAUAGAAUCUACCUAUCUUUUGUAAAAGUUGUUUAUAACUGGUUGAAUUUGAAGCAUAAAAAUGAGGUCUAAUUAUUGAA